AUGGAAAGAAAGCAUGCCAACAAUGACAAAGAAGCUCAUCCAGAAGCUCAUGAUAAUAAGGAGCGGCAGAAGAAUUUGGCUGAAGCAGUGAAAGUCCCAGUAAAAGUUGAUGAAAUGACAGGCCUUGGAGGAAAGGCCACUAACAGUCACAAUGAAAUGGUUGUGAUAACCGAUGAGAGGCCUGCAAUUUUUGGAUCUCAUUGUCAGGAAAAUAUCCCAAACAGUAUUGAGGAGUCAUACAUAAUGACUCCAUAUAAAGAUUUUGAUGAUGAGGAUGAUGAUUUCGAACAUAAAGAGGAAUCAAGGCGACUACAGCAUAGCAGGUCAAAUAGAUCAAUAUCUAAUGGAAAUAUGGGGAUCUAUACCUCCAGAAUAUAUAGAAGAGGGUAUCUUGUCAGUGAAGAACGACGUAUUCGCGCUUUUGGCAUCACCCUUCUUGUGACUGUUGGCAGCAUCCGGAGGUGUCCGCGGGAUUCACGUACCGCUGAACUACGACAGAACAGAUAUAUUGGUUGUUGGGCAUGGAAGGCCUGGGAAGCUGGACGAAUUGAGGAGUAG